GUCAGGAGAGAGUGUCUAACCAGCAGGUACUUUACAGCGCCUGACGGACUCCAGCCACAAACAAGAUUUGUGAUUUUUAACACAAAGCCCUGCCAUCCCAUGAGACUUGUCACAUCAUGAGAUCACGCUACCUAUUCCUACUCGUUUACCUACUGGGGAGCUGCUUGGAGGCAUCAAGUGCACAAAGAAAUGAAACCUGCACUACAGAAGAAACCUGUGGCCAGGUGCCAGAUUCAACCUCGCACUUCCUCCAGUGUGUGGGAUUACCAUCGACAGACACAGGGAGAGAACACAUGCGGAGGCUGAAAGGCAUGCUUGAGGCAACAAUGGAUGUGUACACCUUCAUGAGGUCCAGCAUGACAGGAGUGCCAUUUCUCAGCCUGCAGGGGGCACUGGACUUGAAGCCUGGUGCAGACCCCCUCCAGAAUGAAGCCCUGGUCCAGAUGUGGCUGGAAGUGAAGAUAAAACCGCUGCUUAAAUCCAUCAGCAAACACUUCCUGUCCUGCCUCAGCACCAAGAACUUCAGCUGUUCCACCUACCAGACUGUGGUGAGGGAGCUCAGUCACCAUUAUUCUGAGAUGGAUCCAGUCAGACAAAAGUGGAUCUACACAUUCUUUAUGUACCCCUUCCUGUCUGGAGACAGCGUAGCUGGUUGUGUGAGCCCAGGGGAGAGCAGCGAGGAGUGGCUGAUGAAGAAUUUCGGUACCUUCAGAGCCAUGGCUCGAAUGAAGGACUUUUCAACACUCAACAUGGUCUUCAGUGGACUGGAGGUUCUUCACCUGUUGUCUCCAGCGCAGAAGGCCGAGCUGCUGAUGAGGCCUGAGGUCGCAGGUUUGGACAACAGCACCUUAACCCUGGUCUUCCACAAUUUGUUGACAGGGGGCUCUGGCCCUCCUCCCACCAUGAGCCCUGAUGGGGGCCACAACUGGACGAGCCCUGGAUAUCUAUCUAUCAGUCCUCCACUCCCUACAAAUAACUUCAGAGAGGUUGUAAACGGGUUCAUGAUGGCUUUCAGACCCGUUGGGAGCUUCGUUCAUAACUUUGUGUCCUUCACACAUGAGAGAAACGUGUCAGAAAUAAGAAGUGCCACACUGACCCAGUUCCUGCUCAACUGGACUCUGGCCGAGCUGGCAAACGUUUACAGGCCGCAAAACAUAUCUGUCCUUCCCGAGCCUCAGAAAUUUGAUGUGACGAAUGUGGAGGACUGGUAUCGGCAGGUUGUGAUACCGUUGUUACGGAGGUUCUUGCCAAACGACGAAGCCCUGAUGCAUCAAAACAUCACGCUCGCUUUCCACGAACUGUUCUAUCUGGACAACACUAAGGACAAUGAAACCUCUGAAAUCCAGGAUGUUUGUAGCAUCACCCUCGAUAAGAGCCCUUGUGGGCUUACUAAUGCAGUGGAAAAUGUGGCCCACGUUUUGCACUGUGCUGCUCGUACCAACCUGACAAUGUCCGAGGCGAAUGUCAUGAGACUGAUUAUGGAGCUGACAGAACGUCUGAACUCACUGAUCAAGGAGCUGUCCACAGCGAACUUCACCGAGGUGGCGUCCGACUUUCAGCAGAUCUUUGCUGAGGCGGACUCUCCGUCUCUGACCGAGCAACACCUCCAGGACCCGAACUUCAUCAAGCUCUGGUUCCAGAUCAAACUGAUGCCCCUCCUGCCUAACAUACCCCCAGCCCUCCUCUCCUGCCUCAGCACCAAGAACUUCUCCUGCCCCGUUUACCAAACCAUUGUCGCAGCUCUUAGCAGACACAUGACUUUCAUGGAUGCUGAUCCAAUGUACAGUCGUAACAUCUAUGAGCACUUCAUCUUCUCCUUCCUGAUGCAUCACAACACCACUGACCCACAGUGUGUCUCCUCAGCCAAUCACAGUGCAGAGUGGCUACAAAACAACUUUGGCUUCUUCUCGAGAUUCGCCGUCGUCACUGACUUCUACAAACUCAACUCCAACUUCUCUGGACUGGAGGUUCUUCAGCUCUUGUCUCCAAAACAAACAGCAGAGAUGCUGUUGUUGCCUCUUCCUACUCCUCCAGAGAAAGACGUUGUUAUCAACCGAGUGUUUGACUUCCUGAUAAAGUCCCCUGGAAAAUUACCAGAGGUGCUACACUACCUGGUUCAGCUCGCCAUGAAGGUCAAUCCACCCUGUGAGGUCUACAAACAGAUUUUUGUGCGACUGUACGGCGCCAUACCAUCUCUGCCCGCGGACAUCGAGCCGCUCACCUGGGCUGGCAUAGAUGAACUGAUCAGGAUUGCACCAGAUGCGUGUGUGCCGGAGAACAUCACGUGCCCAGUGACCCUAUUCAAUGCCACAAACAUCUGCAGGGGAAUCAACAGCUCUGAACUACAGUCUUACUUGGACACAUCAGCCUCUAUGGAUGUCCCCUGUAAUUUUACCUUGGAGAAUUAUGCAUGUGCUCAGCUGCAGAACUUCACGGCCAAUCAGCUGGUGUCUCUCCUGAAGUGUAACCUGCCUGGAAACAGCAGCCACUCCAAAGUGCUGUGGAAGAUGCUGCUCACUAAACUCUCCUUUGUCUUGGACCCAGCCCUGGACAUCCUGGCUAACAUGUCUAUGACCACGGUUGGUUCAUCAGCGAGGGAGGUUUUGGAUGUGAUCGGGGAGAUUAGAGUGUCGAUGCUGACUGAUGAGCAGCUGAUGGACAGCAGUGAGAUCAGGAAGUGGUUCUCCGGGCGCCUGAGUGCGUUCCUGCCGUCUGCGUCAGGAAGGUUUCUGCACUGUCUGACCCGCAGGAACCUCAGCUGUCAGUCAUACCAGCAAAUACUGCAGGUAUUUAUCCACCAGUUUGAUAACAUGACCUUGAAGCAGCAGCACGUGGUCGUGAAGGAUUUCAUCCAGCGUUUCCUGUCACAACCACACUCAGGUCCAGGCUGCGUGAAUGGCUCCGUAGGCAGCGCAGAGUGGCUGAGGGACAACCUGGGGCCAUUUUCAGUGUUUUUGUCUCUCGGAGAGCUGCUGCAUCUCAACCCUCGCUUCAACCCGCUGGAGGUCCUAAGACUCCUGACUCCGAAGCAGAGUGCAGAGCUGCUGGUGUUGCCUCUUCCUACUCUCCCAGAUAAAGAUGUCAUCAUCAAUAUGCUGUUUGAUUACCUGACUGAGGCUCCUGAGCAGAAGAAAUUUUCUGAGUUCCUGUUCUACCUCGUCAUGUUCCUUGACCAGGGGAACCUUUCCUGUUCAUCAUACAAGACACUGUUUACCAGACUGGACCUGGCCAUGGCUGAAGUUUCUCUUGAUAUAGCUUCAAACAUCACCUACACCAAGAUAGCCUUGUCCGAGCACAUACCACCGGGUUGCAUCAUAUACAGUGGAGAGUGCAAUGUUACCAUGACAAACGAAACUGACAUUUGUGCUGGAGUGAACAGCACAGCGCUGCAGCUCCACCUUGACAGCGGGAAGAUGAACGGACGUUUGUGUGACUUUGCCGUUGAGGAAUUUGCCUGCGCCUCGCUGACGGCGUUAACAGCAGAGGAUCUGGCAGUGAUGCUGAUGUGUAAUCGCUCCUCCAACUCCAGCGGAUCCAGACCCGCCUGGAAGCUUCUCCUCUCCAAAGCCUCCCAUGUGCUCGAUGAAGCUCUGGAUCUUCUAUCCAACAAGACUCUGGACCCCAGAAAUCCUGCUUUGUCAGUGGUUCUGGACUCUAUACGAGAAAUCCGAUUGGACGCCUUCAGCGAGCUCAGCUUCAACGACCCUGCCCUCAUCCAGCUGUGGUUCAACCGCCGGCUCCGCCCCUUUCUACCUGCUGUUUCCCCCGACUUCCUGUCAUGUCUCACCACAAAGGGACUGAACUGCAGCACCUACCAACGCAUCGUGCAGAUUCUGAGUCGCCUCCAGCCACGCAUGACACGAGCUCGGCAGAUGUCCGUCUACACACACUUCAUUAAAGUUUUCCUGACCAGGAACAACACUGCAGACCCCAGCUGCAGCUUACACAUAAACAACAGUGGAGAGUGGCUGCAGCAGAACCUGGGAGGUUUCUCUGCCCUCGUGUCCGUCAGCGACCUCCAGAUGCUCUACUCCAACUUCUCAGCGAUGGAAGCGUUGCCACAGCUGACCGUCAGACAGCUGGCAGAGGUGUCCGCCACACCUGGCCAGCUCACCUCUGCAGCCCAGGUUAACAUGUUGAUGAAACACAUCCCCGGCCCACAACUCACUGCCUUCUUUGAUGACUUCUCACCUGCCAUCGUGGCUCAUGGAAACAUGUUCCCCUCUCCGGUGAGGUCGGCCAUGUUACAAGUUGUGUUUGAUCGAGCAAACCUCUCAGAUCACUCAGUGAGCGACUCCAACGUGUUGCUGUGGCUUCACAACCGACUGCGCCCCCUGCUGGUCAACCUGUCGCCGCUCCACGUCGCACCGUUCUUCAGGAUCCUGACAGGAAGGAACUGCAGUGUCGAGGUGCAGGGAAUAGAGGACCUAAACUCAACAAUCUCAUCUCUCAAUGAAGAUACAAAGACAGAAAUCCACAACCACAUCGUUCAGACUCUCAGAGGACCAACGCCUCUCCGCUGCUACGGCGACAACUACAACCACAGUUUCUAUAGUUUCCUGGAGCGUACAUUCCUGGGAUUCCAGUUCCCCAACCUGACCACCUUCCUGUCGCUCAUGCCUCACGACAGAAUGCCUCAGUUGGUGAACUCCAUGUCUCGAUCAGAUCUUAAGGAAUUUCUCAGUCGUCCUGACGUUGUCGACAGCGAUGCUGAGCUCUGCGUGCUCUACAACAGCUACAACCAGACACCGACCUUCCUGGAGACCGAGUCUCUGCCUGCGGCGGUGAGGCGGCCCACGCUGCCUUGCGUCUGGCCCAUCGCUCUCAGCAGCUCCGCGAGGUCAGAGGUCAACGCUUGGUUUGACCAGCGCCUCCGAAACUACUUGGUGUUCCUCACGAAGAAUCUGAUCAGCCCCAACGUCACACACAACGCCACCUGCCCAGCUUUCCAAAAGCUUGUUUCAGUUCUCGGUGAAUACAACUACACAACUGCAGACUUUGGGAGGCGAGAUGUGUUCGACACCGUCAGUGCCUACCUCACCUCAGAUACGGUGCCAAGAUGUUACAAUCCCAGCGACCCAGAGCUGAACUCUACAGCCUGGUUUGCUGAGUACAUCGGCCCCUUCUUGCCUUUCCUCACUCUGGAGGAUCUUCAGAUGUUUGGAUCGGCGCAGGUUAUCCAGGUGUUUACAGUGAACCCUCUGAAUCUCGCCCUCUUCAACCACUCCUCCUUCCCUCUCAACCUCACCAACUACUACACCGAGCUCGUUUACCAGCAGGACAGCAACUUCAACCCCUUAUUUCUGCCUCUGGUGUUUCGCUGUGUCGCUCCCGGUCCAGCGUUCAGCCAGCUGACUGCGGAAGAAAGUAUGAUAGUGCUGCACAACCUGACCACUCUCUGUACAGACCUGGACUCACAGAUUUCUGCAGCUUUGGCGGGUAACCUCGGCGACAACAUUGACGCCACGGCCAUCGCUGCCCUGGGCAACGAAAGCUCCGGCAUGUCCACAGGCCAGAUCAAGGCGAUAAAGCCUGAGGACCUAUUCGCUGCUCUGAGCACUCUCAGCAGUGUGAUGGGCUGGAACGAAGGUCAGGCCAAGGCCAUUAUCCAGUCUCUGAUGUCUUCAGGGGCCCUGCAGAUCAACAGCACGUCGUCGUUGCUCAUGCUGGGCUCUCUGGUCGUGGGAGUUCCUUCAACAGUGUUCAGCAGCAUCAGUGGCUCCCAGCUUCUCACGGCAUCUAACAAUCCUACGUUCCUGCUGAACUUGAUGUCGGCUCCACAGAUCGUCCAGCAGAUCUUCGUUACUCAGAUCAUAUCCGUGCAGAGCAACAGCGACGUGAUCAUACAGAACGUUCCAGAUGAGAUAGCCACUGAGAUCCCUCGAGCUCUGCUGCUGGGCUUCUCAAAUAACAACGACGUUAUCAAAACACUCAACAAGAAGAAAUGGAAACGGCAGCAGGCUGAGUUAUUCUUCAAUCUAAUAGCUGUGGAAAGUGCAACCGCAGAGCUGGGAAGUCCAAACAAUUUGUCGUCCUCUGUGCUACAAGGGUUCACCUGCACCGGAGUGAGGACUAUUCAGACAGUGCAGAUCAGGAGGCUGGUCAGAGCCUGUCGGAGGAGAGGCAGCAACAAGGUGGUGCUGGUGGAGUCUCAGCUGACCUGCAUGUACAACUACAUUAGAGACGACACAAACGUCACCAGCUUCGACCUCUAUCCUCCUGAUAUGCUGCUGUACUAUGAUUACUCUCUGGUGCCACAGGCCAGCUGCAGGUCCUACUUCGAACAGCUGGCGGAUGCAGACUUCUCCGUCUUCUCCUCCGCCCUCAGCUACAAACGUACCGAUCUGUUUAUUAAUGCCAGGAGCUGCCUGGGUAUCACAAACACGAGUUUGACUAGCGAUAAUAUCCUGGUGUUGGGAAACAUGUGCUGCACUCUGGAUGGGUCCUACAUCGAGAACUCUGACCCGUCUGUUUUGGAUAAGCUGAAGAACUGCCCGGACCUCACUGACGCUCAAGCUUCAGCUGCUCAGGCCCUGCUGCUGGGCGGGAAAACACAGUUCGGAGCUCCAUCGACAUGGAAUCGACAGACUCUGGAGGACCUCGGGAUGUUACCGCUGUAUCUGACCUCAACUUUCUAUGAAAACUUUGACAAAAAAACGAAGCGCAGGUUCCUGAGGUCCUUCCUGAGAGAAGCCAGGAGGAGCGGAGUGAGCAGACAGAAGAAGAGGAGGCUGAAGAGCGAAAUAAGACUGUCCAUAAGAAACAGGUCAAAGCGAUCUACAGUCAACGAGUGCACCGUGGGCACGAUCACUCAGGUGACUAUCAGCGACGAGACGUUCCCCUUCGACUACGACGAUGUGACCCAGUUCAACUGCUGCCUCAGCGCCGCGACUGUGGCCGACAACCUGGAUGCCAUCACUGCCAAGGUGGACCAGGUGGAAUACCUCGAGGUCGUUCUCAGCAAGCUCCGGGAGGCUUACGCCGCCACCUCCACCAUCCCAGAGGAUCAGGUUCAGCUCUUAGGCCCUGCGUCUCGUCUGGCCACUGCUGACGACAUCAACAAGUGGAGCAUCACUGAGAUCGACACACUCGCCGCUUUGAUGGACUCGUCCAACGGGCAGUGGGACCCGAGCCUGGCUAAAGCCGUCAUCUCUAAGUAUCUGAGUAAAGCGGGGAAUAAACUCGGCGGCGCAGAGCUCAACGCCAUCGGAGGAGUCAACCUGUGCUCCCUGGACGUCGACGUUUUAAAGAACAUUUCCCAACAAAGCCUCAAAGACGCCAACGCCCUCAAUGUCACCAGCUGCAGCACAGAGAAAAAGACAGAACUGUUCACCAUCGCCAGACAAGCAUUUAGAGAAAACACCCGCUCAACUAUUUCUGUGCCCUUCUACCAGCUCAUACAAACUUUUAUGGGGGGAGCAAAUUCAAGCUUUGUCAGAAGUUUGUCAGUCUCAAACGUCAGCAUGGACUUGGCUACGUUCACCAGCCUGGAGGAGAACGUUGUACUGAGCCUGACCGUUAACGAGGUUAAAGGUCUUCUCGGCACCAACCUCGCAGAUUUGAAGUCCUAUGAAAACCAAACGCUGGUCCGCAGCUGGAUCAGCAGGCAGUUCCAGUCGGAGCUCGAAACGUUGGGAGUGGGUCUCGUGGGAGGUAGAGCUGACCCCACCACCAACGCUCCUGCUGCCAGCAGCUCAUCAGCCACUGCUAGUGCUGGGUCUGGAUCCACAGCGAGCUCUUCUACCACCACAGGUGACGGUGUCCGCAUCCGAGCAGACGCUGGCCUCUCCCUCCUCUUCCUCCUCCUCACGCUCUUCAUCACCUCUCAGCACAUCGCUCUGUGAAGAAAUAGGACUCACAUGGCGAAUUAUUUAAUCACACCGUCCUGAAUCGUUAAGUGGAGAAGAUGAAGAAAUAAUGUUGUUUUGUAUUUAUCUCUAGUAGAAGGAAAUAAUGUCAGAGACGUGAUGCAGACAGCCAAGGUUACCUCAAACCAUAAGUGACAUAUAAUGGCUACAUACGACAUUACAUUGCUUACUAUGCAUAAAAUAUAUUAUGGUGCAAUAACAACAUGAUAGAUGUAAAUAAUAUAUUCUCAGUCAGUUAGUAUCCCUUUUCCUGAAGCUUCAGUUGUUUCAAUUGUUGAAAUGAAGGAAGAAAAAUGAAGGUGACAGUUUCUACUGUAUUCGUCUCACUGUAACGCUGCAUUUCCAUUUUGACAUAGCACUUUGUUUAAGCAGGCUGACCUCGAAAAUGAACAGUUUGCCUGGAGAUUUAUGAGAUCAAUAAUAAAUGCAUAUUGUUUAUCUUUGCAUAAUCAUC